AGGAGUCAUUCAAGCUGCGUUCAGUCUAACAGAGGCCAAGAUGAAGAACCUGGCUGUAGUCCUGGCAAUAGCCCUGAUUGUAACUGACCUCACUACCCUGACUGGUCUACCUAUGGAAAGCCUUCUAAUCAACCAGAGAUGCAGAUGCCGCAAGCAAACCUCAGAUGUCAUCAGUGCUUGGAAGAUUAGUUUUAUUGAGGUGAUUCCUCAGGGGAUUCAGUGUAGAAGGAAGGAGAUUAUACUUACCCUGAAGAAUAAACAGAGAGCCUGCGUGCAUCCCAAUGCACCGUGGAUCCAGCUAUUGCUUCGGAAGCUGACGCAGAGUACCAGCGUCAAUGCAGUGCAAUUCUUUGACUGAUAUUUCCCAGCAAAGGAAACCGACCAGACGCAGGCUGACUAAUGGACUGAAAUUCCUUUCCUGGAAAGCAAUAAUUCACCGAUUUCCCAACUACUAUUACUUCUUUGUCAUACUAUUUUUUACUCUGCUAAGCAUGUUUAAGGGCUGCAGUUUGAAAAUCUAUAGUUACUUGUGGUUGCCCUCAUCAACUUCAGGGGAAAGAAUAUGGAGUUGUGCCUAUUUUGAUUGGAACAGUAAGCAUGAACUCUGCCUUGUGAAUGCUUAAUAUUUCUAUUGAGACAAAUACUGUGAUGAGCUUAGCUCCAAAUAUGUUGUGGAGAGGAUUCAAGUGGACCCUCCCUAUUCCUGCAUAAGUUAACUAUGAAAUAGUUAGUAAGUGUACUACUCUACCCUAUAUCACAGGGUAAAACUCAUCUUCUUCAGCUGUCAGUAAAUGUGCAUCGCUCCCCUCCUGCUAGCUCUCACCCUGGUACUUGGCACCUCCUUUCAAGCACUCUAUAACUCUGUCCCCCGACCCUCAACUCCACCAGUGCUUCCACCCAAUGUCUUGAACAACUGCCUCCGUGUCGUCUUCCACGUGGCCCCCUAGGCACGGUAUGACCUCUGAAAGUCCAUCUGCAAGGCUGUAAGGAUAAGACCUUUGUCUGUAGCCAUAUUGCAAGGUGUAAGGAUAAGACCUUUGUCUGUAGCCAUAUUGCAAGGUGUAAGGCCUUCAUCUGCAGUCAGGUUAAAAGAACAGCAGCCAUUAGCUGAGAAGCAGGAAGUCGCAUCCUCAUAUUCCAUCUAUUCCAUUAAAACAAUGUAAUAUCGGGCUGUUAAGAAGGAGACCCUGUCCUAAUGGCACCCACUAUCACCAGAUAAAGAAACAGAUCUUAAGAUGGUUAAAGAAAACAUAGUUUGACAGCCGUAUCAAUAGCGGUGGUUGUGAAGUCCUCAUUUCUUUAUUGUUUUGUCAUUAUGGUCCCCGCUUCCCUACUGUUUGUCUGUCUGAUCUCUGGCCGGUUCUUUAAUUGUUUGUCUGUCACAGCAUUAAUUUUGCUAGGUGUAAAUUAAUUAAGGUGGUGGGGUAUGAUUGGUUAGAGAAUUUCAGUAGGAUUGGUUAGUAAAACUUUAGUUAAAUAAUUGGUUACGGUCUAGCUCAGCAGGGCUCAAGUUUCACUAUAUAAACUGGGUCCAAAAGAAAGUUCUUUGGGAACAAAUUCCAGGACUCAGUGCCAAGAACAGAGCUGCCAAACCUCACCACUCUGCCAAUGACGCCGUGCAGAAACUGGACCUGAUCCUGACUGGCGAGCACUGUACGUGUAGUGUAUGCAGUCUGGUUUUGGUGCUUGUUCAUAAAGAGAGGAUAAGGAUAUUACGAUGUAAGGCUAUUUCACUGGUAAAAGGUCCUGCAAACCCACAGAAAAUUACAGCCUGAGCCCAAGGAAUUGGGUGAGGGUGGGUACUGAAAUUGACAGGGUUACGCCUGAGCCCUAGGAACGGGGUAAGGGUGGGUGCCCUAGCGUGUGAGUAACAGAGAAUAUUGUGCAUGUAACAGGCCCUAGCCUCUCUGCUUUUCAGUCCCUCUUACAUCACGUCUGCCAUGCUGUCUAUGGUGAAUGUUGUAGAUUUGUACAGGAAAAAAAACCCAAACCCUUCCCUAAUCUCUGUCAACCUGCCUCUUCUUAGACUGCAUGCUCCGUAGGGCAGGGACCAUGUCUUCUUGUAGGUCUAGAAAGAGCCUAAUGUAUUGAAGCCACUACCACAAACAAUAGAGUAUUGAGAGUCUUAUUAAAGCUGUCACCCUGACCCACUUGAGUGUUGGUAAAAUUCGAGGUAGACGACCAUUUCCACGACAGAGCCCAUUUUUCCAGACAACGAUUUGACUGUGUAAAACUUCUGCAUGUAGCAAACCCCUCUUCCACAUCCCUCAUGUAUGUUUCUGGUCUUUUCUGGCUUAUACGUCAAUUAGUUACCUAAGUACAGGACACAGCAGGGUAGAAGAGAGAAACCUAGGAGCCACCUCCUCCGAUUGAUCUUUGAUCCUUGUCUGUGGUCCAGGAACUUUAGUUUCACCUGUGGGUUUAGUGGGGCAGGACUAUUACCCUAGGCCAAGGAUUCUCCCACUUUUCAUUUUGGGGACCACCUCAUGAGAGAAACUCUUAUGGGCCAAUGGCCCCUUUUCCUCCACAAGUUGGUUCUGAGAAUGUCCUUUGGUGCCCAGCCAGGGAGGACUCCAUGAAUCACAUCUGUGAGGCCCUGUUCUUAAGGAAUAAGUAUAUGAUCGAGUGCUACUCCCUCCCCUGCUCAUACAUGCCAGAUGGUAGCAAGAGGCUUUAUUAAAAGGUAACACUCUUCGUGGAGUAACUCUCUGCUUUGCCCCAUUGCAAGUUUGAUCUCUCAUUAUUCAAUCUCUGAUUUACAGCAGGUCCCAACCAAGAUCCCCAUUGUGCUAAGUGUGGUACAAAACACAUAAUGAGACACAGUCCCUGUGUGCCCCAAGCACUUUAAAAGACAGAGGCACAGAAUGGGGAAGUCACACAGCUGGUCAGUGGUAGCAUAGAGAACAGAACCAGGUGUCCUGACUCCCAGUCUCAGCAGCCUAUCCCCGUUCUCGCUCCUGUGAAUAUUUAUGUUCCAUUCACUACUAUGCUAUCUGAGCCACCUAUCUGGAUAAGCAGAAACAUAUUUAGGACUCUGAUCUGGAUCAGUGCCUUCCGCCUCACAGAAGUCCUUUGUGGUGGUACACACUGCUGUGCGAUUCCCACUCUGCUGUUACCAGAUACAAAACUAGACUGGCUUCUCUUUUCCCGGGGUUGCCAUUUCUGUUCUGACUGCACUUUAAUUGUACUGUACAGUAUACAAUAAAAUCAUUUAUGCA